ACAGUAUUCCAUCAGAUGCGGUGGAAUAUAGUUGCAUUUGUUUUUUAUCUGCUAAUAGUUAUAGGCUAUAGGUAUAUUGAUACUUACUGUACACCAAUUGAUAUCUCUUUAUUUAAAUUUCAAUAGUCUUAUCAAUCUUAUUAUCAAUCUCAAUAAGUGUCAAAAUAAAUAAGUUUUAUUAAAAUAAAUUAUAUUUGUAUUUGUUUGACUUUAGCUCGAAUAAAAAUUUAAAAAGAGAGAGGAAAGAUUACAGUGUUUGGUGAUUCGUAGAAUACACCUGGUGAACGAAAAAAGUAGUGAUAAUAUUAAAGAAACAUUAUUCAAAAUAAGUAGUAACAGAGUAUUUUUAAUUCAUCAAUAUGAAAAAAAAAAAUUUUAAAUCCCAAUUGAUUAUGUGAAAUUACAAUGAAAUGAUGAAUACCGUACGAGAGAACACAGAACAUAGAUAGAAAGUAAUCGGUCAAAAGUGGUGACCAAGAUGGCGGAGUCAAGUUAUUAUCAGAAUGAUUAUUCGAGACAACCAGUUGUGACAGAAUUGUCACAAAAGUAUGGAAUCGCAGGGAGUGAUCAAGUGCCUCUUCCAGCACGCCUUGAUGAAUUACGUGAACACAUUCGCCGUGAAAUACGAAAGGAAUUGAAAAUAAAAGCUGGUGCCGAGAAGCUUCGUGAAGUAGCAUCAGGGCGUAAAGCAUUGUCGGAUGUUGCUAUAAUUGUAAAAAAAGCUAAUAGUAAAUUAAAUGAAUUGCAAGCUGAACUACAACAGCUCGAGAGUCAAAUAAUUUUGACUCAAGGACAACCGCAAGCAUCACAAAGAGACUAUUCUAAUGGUCAAGAUACACAAUCAUCACCUGUUGAUUCGUCAUCUCCAAGUCAAGAAGGACUUAUUACAGACUUAAGACUUUUGUCUUUAGAAAAGCAGCUUAAUAUUGAAUUAAAGGUAAAACAAGGAGCUGAGAAUAUGAUUCAAAGUUUAACGAGUGGACAUAGAGAUAAAAAAUUAUUACAAGAAGCUCAGCAAAUGCUGGAUGAUUCUCGGGCAAAAAUAGAAUUUCUUAAAAUGAGAAUAAUGAAGGUUCGACAAGCAAGGCAACAACAGAAUGCUCGGGGUGAAUCGCCUUUUCAUAAUGGUGAAGCAACUGGUAAUAAAGAUAAGUAUGAACCAAGCUUGGAGUUGGCUCUUGAAGAACGAGUAGAAGAACUUCGUCAUAGAUUAAGGAUUGAAGCUGCUGUUGUAGAAGGAGCUAAAAAUGUUAUUCGUCUUCUACAAAGUGCCAAAGUUGCUGACAAAAAAGCCCUUACUGAAGCUCAAGCAAGUCUUUCGGAGUCUAGUCGUAAGUUGGACUUGUUGAGAAUGGCAUUAGAUCUUAGAAGACAAGAGCUACCACCUGACAGUACUACGGCUGUUCAAUUAAAACGAGAAUUGGCAAAUGUUCAAUCUGCAAGUCCUUUACCUGUAACAUAUACAUCUCUUCAACCGUUUCGUGGACCUCUUGAGGGACGUACUGCUGUCCCGGUCUCUGUUUCACGAUGUGCAGCAGUUACCGGACAGUUAGAAGUAAGGUUAAUGGGUUGUCAAGAUCUUGCAGAAGAAGUACCAGGACGAACACGUCGAGAACAUCAUCCUGCUAGUCCAGAUCUCCGGAGUUUUGUAAAAGGUGUGACAGGACGUAGCUCGAGUAAAUCAUAUAGUGUUAAAGAUGAAAUUUGUAAUGACAUAAUGGCUGUCAUUAAAUUGGAUAAUCAAACGGUAGGUCAAACUAGUUGGCGACCAUGUUCGCAACAAGCUUGGGACCAAAGGUUCUCUAUUGAAUUAGAUAAAUCUCGUGAACUUGAAAUUGGAAUUUAUUGGAAAGAUUGGCGUUCACUGUGCGCUGUUAAAUUUUUACGUCUUGAAGAGUUUAUUGAUGACGUACGACAUGGUAUGGCGCUUCAGCUUGAACCUCAAGGUUUACUAUUUGCUGAAAUUAAAUUUCUUAAUCCUAUGAUUUCAAGAAAACCAAGACUUCAAAGGCAAAGAAAAAUAUUUAAACAACAAGCUAAAAAUUUCCCUAGAGCUAACCAAAUGAAUAUUAAUGUUGCUACGUGGGGAAGACUUCUUAAAAGAUCCGCACCUUCAUUACAUAACACGAGAAGUUCUGAAAGUCCUCCAUCAGGUGCACAAGCGUUACAACUAACAUUUGAUACACCAGUUGAAGAUAAAGCCGAAACUCCUGGAGAAUUACCAGAUCCUGAAAAAGGAGGACUUAGUGGUACUCGUCCUUUAGGAAUGUCUUCAUCAUGUAACAGCUUAUCAACACAAAAUCAUCCGCCCUCACUUCCAUUAGCUCCACCACCACCACCACCUACAUUUUCGACAUCUUUAUCUAAAAAAUCUUCUACAAACUUGGCAGCUCUACCACAACCUCCUAAACUUGAUCAUGAUUUACAGAGUGCACUUAAGGAGUUUGAUUUUCUGCACAACGAGGACAAAAUGGGUGCAAAUUUAAGACCUCUUGUCACGGAGCCUCGCCCCGUACUGAUAGCGCCACCUUCUCCGCGCACUCCCUCGCCUCAACCUGUGAUCGAGUUCCCUGAAGAUGAGGUUCUAUAUGAAAUUCCAAUAAGACCAUUGCAAUACCGAGAUAGUGCUUAUGAAUCUCGAAGACAAUCACAACUAACUGGAAUGACAUUAGAUAAUUUUCGAUUACUAUCAGUUCUCGGUCGAGGUCAUUUUGGCAAAGUUAUUUUAUCACAGUAUAGAAAUACUGGAGAAUAUUUUGCUAUAAAAGCUUUAAAAAAGGGAGACAUUAUUGCCAGAGACGAAGUUGAAUCUUUGUUAUCAGAAAAAAGAAUAUUUGAAGUUGCUAAUGCUACAAGACAUCCAUUCCUUGUCAAUUUAUUUGCUUGCUUCCAAACAGAGGCACAUGUUUGCUUUGUCAUGGAAUACGCUGCGGGAGGUGAUUUAAUGAUGCAUAUACACGCAGAUGUAUUUGGAGAACCUCGUGCUGUUUUUUAUUCAGCUUGUGUCGUCUUAGGACUUCAGUAUUUACAUGAAAGUCGCAUUAUUUAUAGAGAUUUAAAAUUAGAUAAUCUUUUGCUUGAUACGGAAGGUUAUGUUAAAAUUGCUGAUUUUGGUUUGUGCAAAGAAGGUAUGGGAUUUGGUGAUCGAACAGGAACGUUUUGCGGUACUCCAGAAUUUUUGGCUCCUGAAGUUCUUACUGAAACUUCGUAUACUCGAGCAGUUGAUUGGUGGGGACUUGGUGUUUUGAUAUUCGAAAUGCUAGUUGGAGAAUCUCCAUUCCCGGGAGAUGAUGAAGAAGAAGUUUUUGACUCAAUUGUAAAUGAUGAAGUUCGUUAUCCACGUUUUUUGUCACUAGAAGCUAUUGCCAUUAUGAGAAGGUUAUUGCGCAAAAAUCCAGAUCGAAGGCUUGGUAGUAGUGAACGAGACGCUGAAGAUGUUAAGAAACAGUCAUUUUUCCGACAUAUUGUUUGGGACGAUCUUCUUCUUCGACGAGUAAAACCACCAUUUGUACCAGUAAUUCAUUCAGUGGAGGAUGUUAGCAACUUUGAUGAAGAAUUCACUUCAGAAAAACCUCAUUUGACACCACCCAAAGAUCCACGGCCGCUCAGUGAACUAGAACAAGGUCUAUUCCGCAAUUUCACAUACAUGGCUGAUUGGUGCUAACACACCUAAAAUAAUGAAUGCAUAUCUUGAAGACGAAAAAAGUAAAUAUAUUCAUGAACAAAGCAGUUGUCACGAUCAAAUACUACUGAUACUCGGUUCAAAUGUAUAUUUUUUAAAAUUAUUUUUUUGACUACUCUAAGUUAGUUACUCAACGGAUCAAAAUAUAAUUAAUUGCAUAUUAUUAUUGAUUACAAAAAAGGUUUUUAAUAUUUAUAUAAUUUCUUUAAAUUCUGCCUUUAAUUAUCAUAUAAUUAGAAUACAGUCGUUCUUUUCUUUCAUGUUUUUUAAGGUGAAUUCCGUAUCUCAUAAGAUAGAAAUUUUCUAAGAGUUUAAUCGAUUAGAAAAGUAUUUUUCUAACAUAUAUAUUUAAUCAUGUAAAUCUACUGUUACUUUUUCAAAAUUUUUAUUUAUAUAUAUAUUUGUCUCCAGUUUGUGCGUUUUAUCAUGUUAGUUAUUAGACAUUGAAAAAAUAUCUACAUAUAUUUCUAAACAAGUACUAAUUAUUAGAUUAUUCACCAGUGUUAUUCAAUCUAAAUAUUAUUUGUAUGUGAUUUUGAGUUUUAUUGAAUUCACAUUUACUUUCCUUUACUUUUUCAAAGCACAAGUAGCUAUUUUACAAACAAAUUUAAUUUAAUUGUUUAAAUUAUAAUAUUAAUAUAAAGAGGCCUUUAUUCUAAUCAGAACGCUAAAUACUAUUGAAAAUGACUUAGAAAGCCUAUUAUUUUGUUGUGAUUAUAAAACAAAACAAAAAACAAAUCAAAUGAUUUGAUAUUCAUAACAGAAUUCAAUAAUUGUAAUUUCUUAUAUUGUCUUGUUCAAACUGAGGAAAAAAAGCAUAUCUAUUUUGAUAUCUCACAACAAAAUGCGAUUUUAUAAAAUUUUCGCUGCUUAUAAAACCGUAAAAACCACUAUCUUGUGACCAAAUCUAUUUUUCCAUACAAAAUAUUUCUGUAAAAAAGUAAUCAAAACUUUAUGUUCAUAAAUGUACAAUAAAGUGGCCUUAAAAAUUGGUAUAAACAAA